AAAAAUGAGAUAAAUAUUCUCUAUGGUUGUUAUUUCACUUUGGUUCCGAUGUCGAAAUAACAGUGAAAGUUAUUAGAAAAUAAUAAUAACUCAUCGAAAAUGAAUAAAUUAAAAUCGUCACAGCGGGACAAAGUUAAAAAGUUCGUCGCAUUUACGCAGACCACCGAGUCGACGGCCAUAUACUGUUUAUCGCAGAAUGAUUGGAAACUGGACUUGGCUAGCGAUAACUACUUUCAAAACCCUGAAGCUUACUACAAGGACCCUGUUAAGACUUCAGUGGACAGAAAAAAGUUGGACCAACUGUUCACGAAGUACAGAGAUCAGCAUGAAGUCGAUAAAAUAACAGUGGAUGGAGUUAUGAAGUUCCUUGAAGACCUUAAUCUUAGCCCUGAAUCAAUUUUAGUUCUAAUUAUAGCAUGGAAAUGUAAGGCAGCUGUGCAAUGUGAAUUUACGAAAGAGGAGUUCACUUCUGGCUUUCUAGAAUUGGGGGUCGAUAGCAUAGACAAAUUAAAAGCUAAAUUACCUACACUGGAAACUGAAAUAAAGGAUGCAAAUAAAUUUAAAGACUUCUAUCAGUUUACCUUUAAUUACGCUAAGAAUCCAGGACAGAAGGGACUGGAGUUGGAUAUGGCAAUAGCGUAUUGGAAUAUUGUGCUCCGAGGGAGGUUUAAGUUCCUUGAUGCCUGGUGCAAGUUUCUCACGGACAAUCAUAAAAGAUCCAUACCAAAAGACACAUGGAAUCUACUCUUAGACUUUGCGACGCAAAUAGACGACUGUAUGAGUAACUAUGAUGCAGAGGGUGCAUGGCCAGUCCUCAUAGACGACUUCGUCGAGUGGUGCCAGAAACAAGGACUCAAUGCGGAUGGGAUAAAAGCUUUAGAACCGGCGUCUGGCUAGCUGAUACUGAACAGCUACCAGUACGAAGCGAGAUACGAUGAAUCAAUCGUUGAUAUUGAAUACAACGAACCACAUGCAACAGGACUAAAAGCAUACAUUAUAUUAAUGCUCUCUCGCUUUGUACUCUAUGGUUUAGAGCUGUGUACACUGGAGUGGAUCGUAAUAUUGAUUGUAUUCGAGUUGUGUAGCUGACUAAUUCAAGGAACUCUUUUAAUGUUGUUUAAAUUAUGAUUGGUCAUCGUACCAUGACUAUUGUUGUUAUAGUUCACUAUACUGUGUUGUGGAAUCUCAAGUGUGAAUAACUGUGCUAAAAAUACUAAUUCAGUGACUUAUUUUUGAUCUAGUGAUGAGAACAGAUGAUUUUAACAGAUGUUGAAUUGAAACUUAUGAUUGGCUCAAAUCUAGUUCCACCUAUUUUGAAGAGACAGUUAAUAUCAUUGAAAAUGGUUAUUUAUUUUGUUUUUAUUGCACCACCUAGUAAAAACAUGUUCUAAUGAUUCCACUGGCAGAGAAUGCCAUAGGCCAUUUUAUACAGUUUCAAGUGCAAUAUUGUUUAAAUAAAUACACAAAUUGUAAGUAGCAGUAGUAAGUAGCAAUGCUGCUUUGAAACUUUGUGCAGCAUUCAAUUUUGCAUCACGGUUGUUUAACAAAGUGGUAAAAGUGCUUAUUGCUUUAGACCUCUUUUACGAUGCUCACAACAUAAGGAUGUUCUAGUAGGGAAUUGCACAACAAUUAUCAAAGACUUGCAGAUUCUGCGACAUAGCCUUGUUCACUCUACUGUAUAGUGCUCUUGAACUUUUCGUCCGUUAGAUAAAUUUUCAUGUAUAUACCUACUUGUUGAUCAAGUUCCCUUUUACCUUGUAAGGGUAAGACAUUAAGGCGCAGUUCAUACCGACAGCGACAGCUAGAAACAGUAUUACCACGUCUAUAAGUUGACUUGGCAAUAUUCCCAGAAUAGGGAAAGCUACUGCCGAAUCCACGAAUCAUACUGAUAACACAAUGAAUCAAAUACUCAAUAAAAUAACGAUCUUAUUACAAGCAUGUUAACCAUAAAAUCUAACAACAAUUCUCUAAAUAAAUCUUAAUCUUAACAAAAUUUCUCCUGCUAUAUUUCUCACUCAAAAUAGCGAAUAGUCCAGUUCGCGGAUAUUACUUAUAAAAGUGGUGACACUGUAGGUGAGAGUGAAGUAAGCGAACAUCGUUCUACUAAGUAAAAUAAGACUAUAGUAUGCCAUAAUGUCUUGCAACGCACGCAGUUGUCAAAUAAGGUAAAAACGUUUUAGCGAUUAAUGGUGGUGAUAACCAUCAGUUGCGACGACACGUACAAUAGUACUUACCAUUUUUACAGUCUUAUUAUUCCGAAUAUUUAGGAAUAAUAAAGGUUUAAUAGCUAUUAUCAACACGCCUCGCUACGCUCGCCCGCGGCGUGGCUUACGUUAAUCUGUGAAAAUAUAUUUUUCUUAUUGAAGAUACAUAUUGUAAGAGAUAUUUAAAUGUUUUCGAGUUUUCAACAAGGUUCUCUUACGUUAUUUAUUAGAUUAGUACAGCAGUAAAAAUUUAAAUUUAAGAUGUAAAUAUGUAUAUACACAUUAAUGAUAUUACGAUUUUAGUGUUAACGCUUAGAUUUUUCUUUUUUCUUCAGCUUUCAAUGGCAGUGCGGUUAUUGUGUUUAAUAUUUUGAAAUAUAAAAUUUUAUUACUUGCACUGUCCAAUAUAAAUCAGUUUUUUUUAACCUUUAUAUUCAAUGAUUGCAGACCAAUUGGCUUGUUGAUCGCAAACAUUUCUUUUCAUCACUGCUUUACAUUUACCUACAAAAAUCUUCUUACUUAAAUAUUAAUUCAGUCUUUUCCUAGUAGAAUUCGAAAUGCCUUGAAAUUAUACAACAUAUUAACUAUUUACAUUAAAUGUGACAACUUUUGAAACUAAGUGUGACCUGUGAUUUCUGAUAUAAUAUAAGCGGUAUGGGUUUUCUAUACAUAAAUCCUGUCAUUGAACAAAAUAAUGUGGAAAUAAGGAAGCAUAAAAUUCACACAUAACAUUUAUUUACUUUUUUAAACUCAAUCAGGCUUAGUACACAAAAGUAGUGAUUUUAUUUUCUUUGUAACAUUCUUGUCAAAGAUUUUUCAAUUGAUGUUUAUAGAAAGUGCUGUUGCUUUAGAUUAACAUUGAAUCAUUACUGUUUGGUACUUAGAUUUUAAUGUACAAAAGAUGAAAUUGAUGUAUUGAGUAUUAAAUUACAAUAAAUU